AUUCUGAGGUGUUGUCAUCGCAUUCCUUAGUUUGAUGUUUGAUACUGGAGGUCUGAGCCGAGCGGAAGAUAUACAUAUUCACAAUGCGACUCUAACAUCAACUUUUUGUAAUUAUAUUUUAUAACAUAUUUCUCCUAUCGAACAAAAAGGCAAAGUCUCUUAAGUGCCUACCGCAACUAGUAAUACAUAUAUUUCAAAAGAAGCGUAGCUUAUGUGCCACUAGUUAACAUUAGCCAUGGAAGAGAAGAAGGAGGAGGGGGAAGCGGAGAUCCAAGAACACGGCCCCGAACAUUGGUUCUCCAAGUGGGAACGGCAGUGCUUAGCCGAGGCCGAGCAAGACGAUCCAAACGAGGAGGAGACGGAGCAAAGCCAGCAGAAACUGUGGCACCUCUUUCAGAAUUCAGCCACUGCGGUCGCCCAGCUCUACAAAGAUAGAGUUUGUCAACAGCAAGGUCUCUCUCUCUGGGUGCCCUUCCAAAAUGCAGCCACAGCUGUCACCAACCUGUAUAAAGAGAGUGUGGAGGCCCACCAGCGAAGCUAUGACUUGGGUAUCCAGAUCGGCUAUCAGCGCAGAAAUAAGGAAGUGCUUGCGUGGGUGAAGAAGCGCAGAAGAAACAUAAGGCGAGAGGACCUUAUCAGUUUCCUGUGUGGGAAAGUCCCACCCCCACGGAAUGCUCGAGCCCCGCCAAGAGUUGCCAUGGUAUCAGCAAGCCGGCCAUCACCCCCCGAGACGGGCAGCUCUGUAGAAACAGACUUGCAGCCCUUCAGAGAGGCCAUAGCGCUACACGGUCUGAGCGGAGCUAUGGCAAGCAUUUCUGUGCGCUCUGGUGCCCCUGGUUCCCCAACACACCCCGCCCAAUCCCUCAGUCGCCGUAGAAAUGGUCUUCAUGACGUGGACCUCAACACUUUCAUAGCCGAGGAGAUGGCACUUCAUCUGGAUUCGACAGCCAAUCGUAAACGAGGCCCCGCACCCUGUAGUGACGUCAUCACAGACUCACCCACUCACAAACGCAACAGGAUGCUCUGAACUCUUCCUACACCAUUAUUCCCUCCUCUGUCCUCUCCUUGGUGGCCGAUUGGACAACCAGUAGGGACUGAUGCCUUGGCCAGCCAGUCAGAUCUUCCUCCUUUCGUCUUUGUUGCGAUGCUACAAAUAAAGAAAUACAAAUUUAUGAUCAACCCACUUAGUUCUCCCUCUCUAUCCUUUUCUCACUCCAUUCUUAUCGCCUGCUUUAAUCCUAUCCAUACCAUAGUUAUGUUCCUCUCCACAAAAUUGUCCUUUCAUAUUUCCCUCGGGCUCUCUUUGGUUUCCCUUGGGUUCUCUCAGAGCACAGUUGAGGUUCUUAUAUUGUAGAAUGUUGCAUUCAGACAUUGUUUAUUUCACCAGGCUCCUUUGUGCUACACAACGUAAAAUCAGAUGAGCUGGCUGUUGCCUAGUACUCACUUUGCUACUCCCUUGUUAUUCCUCCCUUCAUUCCUUAAACACUCAAGCGUACCUCCUCCUCCUCCUCCAUGAGGUGCUGGCCAAACCAGACUGGACUUAAACCUGGGCUCAUUGGGAGGGUCUUGUUUCGAUCCUUAGAGGUCAGACUGCCUUCCUGUUUUGUAGUCUGACUCAAAACGCUUCUCAGCGUGUGUAUCUCAAUCUGCUGCUGCUCUGUGUGUUUGCGUAUCUGACAGCAGAACUGCCACUUACUGUGUUGUACUCUUGUCUUUGCCUUUGAGGAUGCUGCUAUCUCUGGUUGUAUGUCUGGUCGUGUGAGUGUGUGUGUCUCUGUGUGUGUGUGUGAGAGUGAGGGAGAGAAAGAGCAUGCAUGUGUAUGUGUGUGUGCUAGUGGGUGCAGGGAUCUGGCACAUUUGGCACACACUUGACUGACUUAUUUUCUCUUUUUUUAAAAAUGCAUCAUAUAGCUAUUCCCCCUUUUCUUUACUUGCUGUUAGCAGCCCAAACCAGGGCUUGAUCACAAAGCAGAGUCAGUCCAAGUUACAGAGCUAAUUAUGACUAACAUUACAGGCAGACUCAUUUGACACCUCUGAGUAGUAUGGUGACAAGAAAUUGAAAAACAAGAUGAACAAAAUUAAAAGAAUUGCUCACCCAAAUACCCCCUCUCUGCUGUAUAUCAACAUUAUUCCAAUUUUAUAAUACACCCAUAACUCAGAAUAUGGGUAUUUUCAUGUUUACACGCAAUCCAAAUUUAAAUCCCUUUCAGCUUCCAAAUGUGUAUGACUCAUGACUGGCUCUUGCUUCUUGUCAUUCUCUGUAUGAGAAGCUCUGAUAAUGUCUUUCAGAAUGACAGCGUUUCAAAUCCUACAUUUUACCGACCAUUUUGUUUACAUUUGGAAUAAUGAUUGGGACUUAAAGUGGCUGAAUCAGCUGGUGCAAGUGCAUUGCCAUCCUUUUGUCUUUUGAGGUUAUGCAAAAGCUUCUCCACUGUCACACUGGUGAUUCUACAUUUUAAACCUAGAAAAUAAUAGGGGCCAAUGCUGGUGACCCUAGAAAGUAGUAGAAGCCGAUGCCUGUGAUAUCUUUCUUUUGAUUAUUGGUUAGCUAGAUCAUGGCUUAUUGGGUGUGAUGGUUCAGUGAGGCUCAGUGCACUUCUUUUAUUUCCUGUCAUCUAUGAGAGUGAACUGCUAAUUUCAAAAACUGCUUUGUGAUACAGCCUUGUCUAAUGUGUGUAAAUAACAUGUAGGUGCUGUUAUGAUGAUGUAUGUGUGGUACAUAUUGUAAAAAGAAGUACAAAUCCAUUGGGAUGUCCAUGUACAAUAAUGAUUCUGGCAUUAAAGAAAAAACAAGCGUUUAACUAA